AUGGUGGUGGUCGUGGUGGUAGUGCUGCUGAUCGUGGUGGUGGUUGUCGUGGUGGUUGUGGUGGUGGUGGUGGUGGCCGUGGUGGUGUAUGAUGGAAUUGGUGAUGGUGGUGGUGGUUGUGGUGGGGGACGUAUUUGUGGUGGUGGUUGUGGUGGUGGUUAUGGUGUUAGUUAUGGUUAUCGUAGUAAUGGUGUUGGUGCUGGUGGUUAUGGAAGUGGUGGUGAUAGUGGUAGUGGUGGGGGUCGUCAUGGUGGUGGUGGUGGUGAUGGAUGUCGUGGUGGUUAUGGUGGCAGUGGUCGUUGUGGUGGUGGUGGUGGUUGA